UCUCUGCCUCCUCGCUCAGCAGCUCCUCCAUGGAGAGCUGGUGCAGUCCUCCUCUUCCUCCCUUCUUCACCAUGACAUGAGAAGAAGACCAACCUCGGGGCUGAAUCUCGCCGUGUUUACCAGCGUGUUUACAGAUCAGCCCUCACAUCAUCCCGGCAACUUUUCUUCGUUUUCUUAAAACGCCCCCUCCCCUGCUCCCUCCAGACCCCUCCCCUGUACUUUUCUCAUCCGCUCCCGGGAGAGAAGUCACUUCUCUGGGAAUCACAGGAGGCUGUUUCCUCUCCCUCUCUCUCCGGGGAUCCGCAUGGAUGUGGCAGCGGUAGAGGGGAUGUCUCUGCCGGGUAUCCGACUCCGGAACCGGCCGCCGCAAGUGAUGCCGACCCAGAGGAAGGUCCGGGCGAGGCGGAAAAGGCGAAAGGAGUUGGUGUUGAUCCAGAUCUGCUUGUUCGGAGGCUUGCUGCUGCUCGUCAAGGGCUUUUCCUUCUUGGGGGAAAAUGCAGGUUUUGACAUCUCGAGCCAGAGCAGCGAGGACCAGGAGAGAUGGGGAGGAAGGAGGCUACUGCAGGAAAUGGACAACAGCAGCCUGGAGGAACUAGAGGGUGAACAAUCUAAGAACUGCACAGCUCCAGCUCUGCACGAGUUCCCUACAGACCUGUUCACAAACAAGGAGCGGACAGAAGGAGCCGUGGCCCUGCAUGUCCUGUGUACCAUUUACAUGUUCUGUGCCCUGGCUCUGGUGUGUGAUGACUACUUCGUCCCCUCCAUGGAGAAGAUAUGUGAGCGUCUCGAUCUCAGCGAGGACGUAGCAGGUGCCACCUUCAUGGCCGCCGGCAGCUCGGCUCCUGAGCUCUUCACGUCAGUCAUAGGGGUUUUCAUCACCAAAGGCGAUGUAGGCGUGGGGACCAUUGUGGGCUCAGCCGUCUUCAACAUCCUCUGCAUCGUUGGCGUGUGUGGCUUCUUCGCCGGCCAGGCCGUGAAGCUCUCUCACUGGGCUCUACUCCGAGAUUCCAUUUAUUACACGUUUUCUAUCUUGGCCCUCAUCGCGUUCAUCUACGAUGAGAAGGUUUGCUGGUGGGAGUCUCUUAUCCUGAUUCUCAUGUAUGCUGUCUACAUCCUCAUCAUGAAGUUUAACGGCCGUGCGCAUCGUUACUUUGACCGUCGAAAGAAGAGCUCUGUGAAUCUGGCCAAUGGGCUGACAGGAAGCACCGAUCUGGAGGACAAUGUCACGUGUGAUGCUACUGCAGUCCUGCUCAAGAAAGCUAACUUCCACUGUAAGCCCUCAGUGCUGAUGGUGGAUGAGCUGCUGUCUGCAUACCCCCACCAGCUGACCUUCUCUGAAGCCGGCAUGAGGAUCAUGAUCACCAAUCAUUUCUCCCCCAGGACCCGUCUCACCAUGGCCUCCCGCAUGCUCAUCAAUGAGAGACAAAGACUGAUCAACACUUCAGAGACUCGAGUCAACCGCAUCACCAAUGGCGACUCAGACUCAGCGGCCAGGAGUCAGGGGAGGCGGGGCUUAGAGAAUGGGAUGGGCGGGACCGAGCAGGGUCUGAAUGGGAGAUGCAGACUUCAGCGGCUGGAGGCUGGUAAUGAGACGGAGAAUGAAAAUGAGGAUAAUGAGAACAAUGAGAACGACGAGGAAAGAGAGGAAGAAGAUGAUAAUGGAGGCCCCCUGGUGCCGUUCAAAAUUCCAGCUGGGGCGUGCAAUAAACUGAAGUGGUUGACCAUGUGGCCGCUGUCCCUGCUCCUGUUCCUCACCGUGCCCAACUGUGCCAAGCGCCGCUGGGAGAGAUGGUUCCUAGUGUCCUUCUUCACCGCCACCCUCUGGAUCGCUGGCCUCUCAUACAUCAUGGUCUGGAUGGUGACUGUGAUCGGCUUCACGCUCGGUAUACCUGAUGUCAUCAUGGGCAUCACCUUCCUGGCAGCAGGCACCAGCGUCCCUGACUGCAUGGCGAGUGUCAUAGUGGCACGGCAAGGUCUGGGAGACAUGGCCAUCUCCAACUCCAUAGGCAGUAAUGUGUUUGACAUCCUGGUGGGUCUGGGCCUGCCCUGGGCGCUGCAAACACUCUGCAUCGACUACGGCUCCAUCAUCCAUCUUAGCAGCAGAGGUCUCAUAUUCUCUGUUGGACUCUUGCUUGCCUCAGUAUUCUUCACAGUUAUCGGUGUCCAUUUAAACAAAUGGACUCUGGACUGGCGACUGGGCUUGGUCUGCAUCGUCAUGUAUGCCAUCUUCCUGUGCUUCUCCAUCCUCAUCGAGUUCAACGUCUUCAUCUUCGUCAACCUCCCAACGUGCCGAGACAUCCACUGACCUCCCUCCUCCUCCUCUUCUUCUUCUACUUCUUCUUCCUCUGACUGACGGAGGAAGUCUCACCUGGCUUCCAGUUUUUUGGCACCUUGGAACCAAGUCUUACUAUUUAUUUUUUCAAAUAGAGAAAUAGAGAUAUAUAUAUAUAUAUGAUUUAUCUUUGGUGCAAUACACACAAGAGAGAGGACACCGGAGGUUUUGAAUUUUUGGGGACCAGAGAGGUGGCGUGGAGAGAAAGUCCCAGCAGCUGUGUUUGCUGCCAAUCGUCUGAUGAACCGAAAAGUUGGCGGGAAAGAACGUAACUGUAUUAACACCGACAGUUAGGCUACUGUUGGUGAAGAAGCUGCUACUGUAACUGACUGACUGACUGGAGGAAAGAGAGGAAUCCUGCGCGUACAGCGACUUUUAGCUGGAUUGUUUGUUACUCUUUGUACAAGAUUGGAUAUAAGCACACAAUUAAGGUAUUUUUAAGUAAAAACUGGCUUUCUCUGUAUAUAUUUGAGGAUUAUAUAAGUACUAAUAUAAGCUGAUAUACAGGACUCUUUUAUGCACAACUGGAUCAGUCUUGCAAAGCUGACUGGUCCGAUAACAGUUACAACAUUGUAUGCUUUACUGUAGUGGUCUGGUCUGCCAGUAACACACUCACCAUGCUCAGCACCAGCCAGCGUAGCAUGCUGUAAUAGCCACGAGUCAAGUCUCGCUUUGCACUGUCAGAGAGAAUCUAGAUAUUUAACACUAUUCACAUAGAGUCUAUUCUUGUUUGUUUCUCUACAGGCAUAUCCAAGUAGAUGUGGGCUUUGUUGUUCUUUAAUAAACCCACAUGAGAAAGGGAUCUCCCUGGGUAUGACAUCCAGCACUGUCACUUUAUGGAUUAGAGAUAAUCUUCUAUCUUUGCAAGGCGUCUACAGGUACUCUAAACAUGUAACUACUGAAGUUAAAGCUCCCUCUAGACAGUAGACCUCUUGUGCUGUAUUAAAGAGUUAGUUUUAAGUCUCUGAGUUGAAUCUAACGUUACUUCUUAAAGCCAAAAGUAUUUUUAGAACAGGAGGAGUCGAGUAGAUUUGGACUGAAGAGUCGAUUUUAGUCCUGUGUGUGUGUGUGUGUGUGUGGGUGUGUUUGUGUGUGUAUGUGUGUGUGUGUUUGUGUAUGUGUUUGUAUGUGUCAAAGCACUUAAUUUCUGAUCGGUCCCGGUUAAUAUCAGGGGUAAGGUGUUAAUUGAGGUUAGGUUAAGGGUUUAAGGGUUAGGGUUAGGCCAUCCACAAUGAAUGGAAGUCAGUGCAAUGUCCAGCUGUCCAAAGUUUUUGUGUGUGUGUGUGUGUGUGUGUGUUUCACAAUCUUGAGGGGAACCAAGGAAACCACUGUUACUGGGAAGACAUAAUCAUGAUUUAUUUAUGAAUUAAUUUAUUCAAAGAUCAUGUCUAACCCUACAGUUUCAGCCCUUUGGGUCAUGUACAGUGUAUUAAAUGGAGCGCUCUCCACUCUUUGUUGAUGGAGCUGUAUGUACUGCUGUACCUAAUAUAUAAUUCAAGUACUGGAAACUGACUUGAUGUUGUUUAUAUUUAAGAUCUUAGACCUUUAUAAUUUAUAAGUUUUGUACAGUUUGGAAAGAUGUUGCCACAUUUGUAUAUUGGUGCAAACACAGUGGUUUUUGAAGAUGACACACGGCCGGGUUGAGUUGACAUGGAGAGAAAAUGCGAUCUUUAUCCCUGGUACUAACAUAGGUAGGAGCCUGAUCCCUGUGCAUGUUAAAUAAGUGAUGUCAAAGAUUCACUUUCAGGUAAAAAAGGAUGUUAAUGGCACAUGAAGCUUUGACCUUUCACCUCUCUUACACAGGGCUUGAACUCUUGUGCCAUCUUUUGUAUUUGAGGCUUCAAAACCAACGCCUGUGGCCAUUCUCCUGCUUGUAUUUGAGCCAUAAAAGAACCACCUUUGUCAAAAGUAUUGCCACUCUGUUUCAGCAUGUGUUAAAAAAAUGUGGAAUAUGCGUAUUUUUAUUUCAUUUUAACCUUGAAAGAUACCCAUGUCAAUAGAAUUGCUUAUUAAUUAAAAGCCUCCUCUGUAGAUGUUAAUGCUCCUCCUGUGGCCACAGGAUAGCGCUGUAGAGCUGUGCUACACCCUCAGAGAUGGCUGUUAUUUUACACAAACAGUAAAAAGUGGAUUGGAUGUAAUUUCAGGUAGGCUUCAUAGGGAUAAAUACUGGAAGGUUUGCAUGCCUUGUUCAGAAUUCAGUUUAUUUUGUGUGUAAUUUUAAUGCGUCUCCCAGAUCAAAAAGGCACUGUCUUGAUUAUGCUGUACAUAUCAGAGGGAUAUGCUAUUAUAAACACAGAUGUUUAAAUAACUGAGCAGUUGUAUUUGAGAUAUAUACAGUAUUUAGAAUGUAGGCCUAAAACAGUUAGUUUUCAGCUAAUUCAUGUCGUUUUAUGCUCAUGUCUUUUGAAUUGUUUGUAAAUCCUCAUUUUUGUUGAUGAGGACCUCUGGACUCGGAGCUCGGAGCCAGAGAGAGACACAAUCAUCUGCCUUGUUCCCAGUGGUCUUCUUGCAAUAAACUGAUUUACAUACA